AUGGCUUCACGACGGAGAGGAGGUGUCGGCGUUGGGGCCAUUCAGAGAAAGCAGGAGAUCCAGGCCAAAUUUUCGCAAAAAGGCAGCGAACUAGCCGGAGAGCAACUGCGGCUGUUUUCCGCACAGCUCGAUGAGUUCACAUCACGGUUGGAGGAGUUUGCCCGGAAGCACAGGGAUGAGAUCAGGAAGAACUCUCAAUUCCGACGUCAUUUCCAGGAUAUGUGCGCCACGGUGGGAGUCGAUCCCUUGGCCUCUGGAAAGGGGUUUUGGGCCGAGAAGCUAGGCGUUGGCGAUUUUUAUUACGAAUUGGCCGUCCAGAUCGUUGAGGUCUGCCUGUCUACAAAUCACUUGAAUGGAGGCAUUAUGACAGUUGAAGAGAUCCGGAAUAGGUUGAUGCGGAGCCGAAGCCGUUAUCGCAAGGAGACCAUUACCAUUGACGAUAUUUUGAGGGCCGUCGAUAAAUUGAAGGUCCUCGGCGCCGGGUUCGAGCGGAUCCCACUGGGCGGUGGACGCUUUCUGGUACAGUCGAUUCCAGGAGAGCUUUCGAUGGACCACCUGCGGGUGCUGGAGCUCGCUGAAGAAGCCGCCUACACCACGAAGGAGUUGGUGAUUGAUCGCUUGAGAUGGAGCCCGGCUCGUGCUCAAUCGGCGCUCGAUCAUCUGGUGAAGGAGGGCUUGGCCUGGACGGACGAGCAGACGGAGCCAGUGCAGUACUGGGUGCCCUCCCUCUUCUUGCAGCAGUACUGCCACAGCGAUUCGUCCACCAGCGUCUCCGACAGUAUGGCUUCCGUCGGGCUGCAC